CCCCUAUCUGCCCCCACCCCCACCCCCCAAGGAUGUUCUUGGCUCUAGUGGUCUUGUCUUUGAGCUGGUCUUCGUUGCAUGUGAAGAAGCGUAAGAAUCCGUCUAGAUGUUGUCUUCUAUAGUGUGUUGGCAUUUCGCUGUUGCGGUCAGUCUGCUGCAUUUCGACUUCCGCAACCUGUUCGUCCGCGUUCUUCUUGUCACUACUUGCGUUGUCGUUCCUCACAGUCCAAAAGCUGUUUGUGCGGUCAGGCUGCCAUGUCGCCAUUUGGCUCCUUCUCUCACUGGUAGUGGUCUUCUGUUUCUUUGAGGAACGACGAAGCCGCUGAGAUAAGAAUCCAGCCAAGCACAUUUGGGCAGACUUUGUCGGAUGUCCGCAACUCCCUGCGGCUUUUCCUGCCAAGCAGCGACGCGUCACUGCAUGCAUUUUUUCAGAAUAUUGCGACAUCGAUUCCUGUUUCCUCGACAAGAAACUCGUCCCCACACACUCGAUCCGUUUGCUCUUUUCUCGGUCUACAACACGACAUGGAAGCGUCAGCCACCGUGGAAAGCAGUUAGCAUCUGCCUUUCUUCGUUUCUUAGAGUCGCAGCUACUACGAGACACACGAGGCUCGGUUCCUCAGGGAAGAGCUAUUUUUCAGCAGCCGGAACCUGCCGGUUCACAUUUCUUUAGCACAGCUGCACGCAUUUUGCAUGAAAUCGCUUUGUUACCCUCACCCGUCUGAAAACUGUUAAGUAAGUCUGCAAUUAUGUGCAGUUAGGCGUGCUGGACGACGCGCGGCCAGACAAUGGUCGAGAGACGCUGCUUCGCCGUGGAGCUGCGGAUGUUUCGAGGCUCUCUUAAAGUUUUGAGCCGUUGCUUGUCCGCACAUUUCUGUGAUUUUUAGCAUUUCCUUCGUGCACAUGGCUGCUUCGAGUCCUCCGGAACCGGAGGCCAGCGACCCGAACGCUGCACUGUACAGCGUGUUUACCGACGAAGACUUUCAGCAUUCGCCGCGGUUCGUGGAAGCGCGGGACGCGUCUUUGGCCGCUGCUCCGCCUUCUUUUCUUGUUCACCACCUGCACACACCUCUGGCAGCUUCACUGGCGCGGCGACAAGCCACCGACCAGAACUCCAAGAAAAAGAUGGCGAAACGUCGCGGCGACGCUGCCAGUGGAGCCCCUCAAGCCACAGCUGCUGGUGGCCAUGCGAAGCCGUCAGGAGUCGCAGCGUCCGCAGUUCCGUCGCUUUCCCGUUCUUCAACGCGGACGAAAAUCGCGUCACCCUCGAGUGCCGAUUCGAACUCGACGCACAGCAGCAGAAGCAUUGCGUCCUGUCUGGCGCCACGCAAGAUGCCCAGCGCGGGCGGCGACUGUCGGACGAACGUCAAAGUUGUCGUCCGAUGUCGGCCGAUGACGGCCGUCGAGCAGCGCGAAAGCACUAACGUAGUCGAUGUCUGUACAGAGCGGAACGAAGUGAUCGUUCGUUUGCGUGGAGGCGGCGGCGCCGGGGCUUCUGGAAAAAAUCAAAGCCUCGGAGGGUCGGCGGCAGCAAGCGCCAACGCGGCUAGGCCGCAAGGGAACGCCGCAGGCAGCAACAGCAGCAAAGUAUUCCGCUUCGACGGCGUCUGUCCUGUCAGUACGUCUCAGGAACAAUUCUUCGAGCAGCAUGCGCAGCCGCUCGUCGAUGAGGUGCUUCAAGGCUUCAACUGCACUAUUUUCGCUUAUGGCCAAACCGGCACAGGAAAAACCUUCACUAUAGAAGGCGCACCUCGAGGCGGCGGAGAGUCCAUAUAUAGUGCGAAUGAUGAGAUAUCCGAGAAUGCCGACUGCGGUCUCGUUGGUCGCUCCGUCCAAAGGAUCUUCAGCACUUUAAGAGGAGAGCACGUCGCAAAAGACUACACCGUUACUUGUUCUUUUCUGGAGAUCUACAACGAGGAACUAAUAGAUCUCUUCGCGCCUGCGCCGGCCUCAGCUGGCGGCAGCAGCUGUCCCUCGACUCAGCCCAGCGCCGCAUGCAGCGACUCAAAUGACUCGCAGGCGUCACAGUCUGGAGCACUGUCGACGCCGCGUCUGCGAAUCUACGAAGACCAUGUCAGUUCCACGACUCUGGACGCUGCGGGUGCCGGUGGGUCUGUGUCGAUGGCCGCGCGGGGGCCUCAGCAGACUCGCGGGGUUGUACGGGUGGAGGGGCUGGAGGAGAAGGAAGUCAAAUCUGAGAGAGAAGUUCUCGCUCUUCUCCGUGCGGCAGCGCCGAGACGCUCCUUCGCUGCGAGCAGUGCAAAUGCCCACAGCAGCCGAAGUCACACGAUCUUUUCGAUUUCCGUUUGCAUUCGGGAUACGGCGAAUGCCUUGAGCGACGAAGGGGGAGACCGCGAAGGAGCGAAAAGCAGAAAGGGAGGAGAUCCCGCGUUUCGUGUGUCCACUGUCAGCGCCCCUGUCGAAGAGGAAGUCGUUCGAGUGGGAAAACUCAAUCUCGUCGAUCUCGCCGGCAGCGAAAACAUCUACAAGAGUUGGGGGGCGACCGCUGAGGAGAAACGACGACGAGAGGCUCUGACAAUCAACAAGUCUCUGCUGACGCUGGGCAGAUGCAUCAAUGCACUGGUGGACCGCGCUUCCUAUGUGCCUUAUCGAGACAGCAAACUCACUCGACUUCUGCAGGACAGUCUGGGCGGCUGCACAAAGACCUGCUUGAUUGCCACGAUCUCUCCAGCUGAAAACGUCGUCGAGGAAACCAUCAACACCUUAGAUUACGCGUACAGGGCGAAGAGCAUCCAGAAUUUGCCGGUGAAGACGCUGCGCCACUCGAAGUCUCUUCUCCUCUCUUCGCUGCUUCAAGAGAACCAGCAACUGAAGCUUCUGCUCUGCUCUCAACGCGAGAGGGACGGUGUGUUUCUCCCGCUUCCACUGUUCACUCAGCGGGAACAACAGCUCCAGAGUCAGCAUGAGCAGCUCACGCACCAAGAGGCGCAGAUUCGUCGGCUAGAGGAUCGGAUCCUUGCCCAGCAGGCAGCCUUGAAGGCGUUUGAGGAGACGAAGGACGAGUUGAACGCCGCCCGCGAGGCGCGAGACUGCCUGCAGCAGCGAGUCGAGCGCCUGGAGGCUGAGCUCCAACGCCGCGAGGCCCAGGAAGCGUUUCUUCUCUCUCAGAUGACUUGCGAGCUGCAAAAGCAGCACUCGGCUGCCGCCGCUGCUCGCGCAACUCUCACCGAAGCGGUCGAGGAACUCGGCGCGCUCGCGUCUCACCAGAAGGCAGCCUUGCUCCGCGCGCGAGCGUGUGGCCGAGAAACGGCGUGCGGUUUCGCGCGCGUAGUCGACGCUGCAUGCACCGACCUGGGCCGCGAGCAGAGCCUCCAGCACAACCGCCUCGAGGCGGCGCUGAAGACCCUGAGUGCCCAGGAGGACGCUUGCGCGGCUGCUGCGGAUGAGACCGCCAAUAUUCUUCGGAGGCUGGCGCAUGCACAGCAGAAGCGCGAGUUCGACGACCAGAACUGGCGGAUGCAUGCGCUGGAUGCGUGGCGACGGCAGGCGGAAGCUCACCAGGUGGCAACGACGAAGGAAGUCGAUGGUAUUGCAGACGCGCUCCAGAGAAUCCAGGGAGACAGCGAGAGUCUCCUGAAAGUCUCCGGACGACGCACACGAGAGACUCUCGAGGCGCUUCAAAGCCAGCUGAAGCAGGAGGCAGAAAGCGCGGUCACUGUUCUUGCGCAAAAAGCGGGAGAAGAGGCCAAGCAGCGCGAGCAGAUCCAACUCGCAACCGCGACUCUCGUGAAGAAGGAAACUCUGCACACACGCAGCACCGCAGAGGCGAUCGAGCGUCUCUCGCUCGACCUGGGGACCUGGAAGGAGACCCAGGAGAAACACCUGACCGACGCAGCGAGUCUCCUCGUCGCAGCUGUCGAGCGGCACAUGCAGCAGUUCACAACCCACCAGCAAGAAUGUCUCGAACGCCAUAUCCAGAGUCUCCAGACGCAACUCAAGAUGCUGCAGGAGGAGCAAAUGUCUCAGGGGAAGGCCGUGCAAACGAUCGGCGCCGAGCUAGCCGCUGCCUCGGAGGAAGGUGCAGCUGCUGUCUCCGCGCUCGCGACCGCCGCUCAAACGGGCUUCGAUUCCCUCCUGGGAGCCUUCACAGAAUCGGCUGCGAAUCGACGCAAGGAAGUCGAAACUCAGGAAGCCUCUGCGAUGGCUGCCUUCCACGCGCAUGCAAAGGGCACGCAAACCCAGUUAAAUGCUCUCAAGGACUGCAUUUCGGAGCACCACCAGAGCUUCUGCCUUUCGGUGGCGGAGGCCUCAGAGCGAGAGAAGAGAAGCUCAGCGGCGAGAGCAGAGGCGGCGGAAAAGACGUCUGAAGUCCAUCGCGAGCGAGAGGCAGAGAAGAGUCGCCUUCGUCGAGUUGCUAAAACGCUGCUCGAAGACAUUUCAGAGAUCGCACACAACGCCGAGACGCACCGGAGAGAAGCUCUGACGAAGCAGCAGCAAAGAGCCGGAGAGUUUGUCAAGUCGAUUCGUAGAGAGCUGCCCGGGCCCUGCGCGGGCAAGUGCACCCUUUCUGUGGACCCGCUCGUGGUCCUGAAAGGGCCAGACGACCCCAGACAAAAACCUCCCGCCUGCAUCUCUUGUGCGGCGGAAGCUGCUGUGGAAAAGUGGAGCAAAAAGCAAAUGCUGGAAGCCGCUGCGUCGUCGGAGAACGUCACCGAAAACAUCGGUCAACUUUCCGAUCUUCUCAGGCGGAGCUUCCACGAAUUGGAGCAGGGUAAAGCCUCUGAAAGCCAGGCAGUGUCUGCAACCUCUUCUGUGCUGGCCACAGAAGCGACGCGUGUUUCAUCUCCCCUGAGCCCGUUGACAACGGGGUGCUCUGACUCUGACAUUGGCGCCUCGUCCUCAGACCUUGCCAGUGGGUUCACAGAAAACAAUUCAGAACAACGCUUUCCAAAUUUGACAGCCUCCGCUGCUUCCGAUGCUCACUGUUCACUCCCUGUUUCUUCCCCGCCUUUGGACUGUCCUUCCGGCGCUUGCAGUUUGUCCGCGCGGUUUCCUCCCGCCGACGCAGCCGGGGCUUCUCCGGGAGAAGACAAAAUGUGCGGGAUGAACGAAGCGGGAGAAAGGGUAAGUGAAGAGGCGGAAAAGGUGAGUGGGGGAGGGAGCUUUACCCCAGGGGAGGCUUCAGCGGAAGAGCUGGAAGAAGCGACAGAAGAUGAGGCUCAGAAAGUGUCUUCGACGCAGUGGCCUGCACCCGCCGCCGCCUGUGAAAAGGGAGAAGCGCCCGCGAGCAAGCCGCGCAGCGGUAAACCGAGCGGAAAGCCAAUCGAUCCACAGAAACUCGGUAAAGGCGCCCAGAGGCUUGCAGCGGCUGCUCCAGGCGUUGCACUUGGGCGCGCCUGUCGGCCUAACGCAGAAAACAAGAAAAGUUCAGACUAUUCGAGGAGAGCCCCGACAGUUCACAAGGACGUAGACGUUGCGGGAGCACGUGCCGUUUCGCGGCGUCACCCCGAGCGUCUGUCGCCCAUCAAAAACUCGAUGAAGGGCCCGGGAGCUGCGGCCUCGCAGAGUGGAAACCGCCCUGGCAAGGCGGUGGUCCAACCCCAGAGCGUCGUGGAAGUUUCUGAGGAUGUUUCUACUGAAACGGAGAACGCGGCAAGGGGAGGCUCCGGGAAGGAAGAGAAACGCGCGCGGUCGGUGGGCGGGGACUCGGGAGAAACUGAGAAAAGCAAAGGGAAGGCGGAGCAGGUAGACGACGAACAGCGACGCCACGGGUUGCGACGAGGCCGAUCCAGCGAUGGGCUUUUCGUCGGGUUGGAAAGCGAUAAAAAAAAGCUAAACACAGACGGCGCCAGUCCAGCGGCCGCCCGAUUCGCGACUUCUGCGCCUUGCGGAAUUGAAGGUGCGCGCGGAAUUUCGAUGGAAUAGACGGGGAAACGGAGAGAAGGGCAAGAAAGUCCGGGAAUCAUGGAAAGAAUGGAGCAGUGAAAUUCUGAGUCGUGAACUCUGGUUUUGCAGCCCUCGGGAACUCAGCCAUUUCAGCGGGCACAAAAAUCCACUGUUCUUCAACAAAGUCCAUGUGAACAGCCGUUAGUUCAGCUACACGACGGUGUAGCGUAGUUUGUCGAACUCUCACCGUCACUCUAUUCUCUGACGCCACGGUCUCAACAAGCCGCUCGGUAAAGGCAUCUGUAUUACAUAUAUAUAUAUAUAUAUAUCUGUAAAAAGAGGCCUGUCGAUGUGUUGACUAUGCACAUAUCCUUGGACAAAAGUCUCCCAGGUCCUGGCGGCAGUUUAUUACUCUAUCUUCCAGGACCGUGUAAGUCUUACACAACCCUUUCUUGGCGUCACCUUUUUGUGCGGUCUGUAGCCC